ACGCCUCGGGUUUCUUUGUCGCGUGCAUAACGUUCACGUCGAAGAGUUAUACCCCGCAGCACAACCUUUCGCAGAAAUUUUCAGUGGACUGGGACAGCUGAAAGGAGUGGAGUAUACAAUGAAGCUAAAGCCAGGAGCCGUAGGAGUCGUCGUGCCAGCCAGGAGAGUUCCAGUGGCCCUUCAAGACAAAGUCAAAGAAGAGCUUCAGCGCAUGGAAGAACAAGGCGUGAUAGCCAAGGUAAAGGGCCCGACGGAAUGGUCAAGUUACAUGGUCACAGUCGUUAAGAAAGAUAAAGUGCGGAUCUGCCUAGACCCCAUAGCGCUGAACAAGGCAUUGUUACGGGAACACUAUCCGAUGCCUACUCUAGAAGACGUUGUGCCAAAGCUUGCGGGCGCCAACGUUUUUUCAACCUUAGACGCAGCAUCGGGGUUUUGGCAGAUAAAGCUAGACGACUCAAGUUCGAAACUUUGUACAAUGAGUACACCGUACGGACGCUACCGCUUCUUGCGCAUGCCUUUUGGCAUUGCCUCUGCUCCGGAGAUAUUUCAGGCAGCGAUGCACCGCGUCCUAGAAGGUCUGCCAAAUGUCGCAGUAGUAAUGGAUGACAUUCUUCUCUGGGGCAAGACUAAGCAAGAGCACGACCACAGUCUACAGCUUCUUUUAACGCGCUGCCGAGAACAGAAUCUUCGACUAAAUUUGAAGAAAUGCUUCUUUUUGCAGCGAGAGGUGCGCUACCUGGGACACGUGCUCAGCGCCGAAGGACUGCGCGUGGACGCGCAACGUAUUCAAGACAUUCUGGAAAUGCCGACACCAAAAAACUCCUCUCAACGCUCUCUGCAAGAUUUACUAGCAGCAACCAAUGAUGACGACACCCUCGUAAAGCUACGGGAGUAUGCGAAUACAACGUGGCCGCUUCACAAGCAAGAAGUCCCUGAGCCACUUAGGACGUACUGGGCGUACCGGGACGAGAUACAUGCACAGGACGGCCUCGUGUUUCGAAGCAACAAGGUAAUUCGAGAGUUUCGUACAACAACUGCAAGCUCUCUUAACACGCGGUGUUCUCAAAUUUUCUCGGUCCAUGGCUUGCCCAGGAAGUUGUGCACGGACAAUGGACCGCCCUUUAACAGCCGUGAGUUUAAGGACUUUCUCAACACCUUGGGCGUUGAUCACAUCACCUCAAGCCCCUAUCACCCGCGUUCCAAUGGCAUGACGGAGAGAGCGGUUCAGGAAGCAAAAAAGCUUUUAAAGAAGUGUUCCUUUAAGAUGCCUGUGUUUCAAAUGGCUUUACUUGAAUGGCGCAAUACCCCACGUGAUGAUGUGCUCCAGUCCCCCGUGCAGAGGCUGAUGGGACGCCAGACUAGGACUCGUCUACCAGUACCUACCAGCCACUUGGAGCCACGGACAAUUCCAUCUGACGUGGUCCAGGGCCGCCUUCAAGACAUACGCCAACGACAGAGGACCUACUACAAUCGUGGCAGCAGGAAUCUGUCGCCUGUGAUGCCAGGUCAGCAGGUCACAGUGUACGAUACAAACGAGCGGACCUGGUCUCCCGCCGUCGUUCUCCGACCAGCUGAUGAACACCGCUCGACCAUCGUCCAGACUGAAGACGGCCGGGAACUUCGGCGCACACGAGAGCACCUUCGCCUGGUAGACCCGCAACCGGAAGUGAGCCACGUGCCCGAAGGCGGAUCUUCCACAGAGCCCCCGCAAGAACUACGGAGAAGCACAAGACAGCGACGCGAGCCCUGUCGGUACCCUCAACAGGAGAUACGUUAA